AUGAUGAUGGACAACGGAGUGAUGUCAAAUCACUAUGACGGGUCGUACGCGGAUGGGUACAUGGAACAGGAGGAGGAAUGGGAGCGCGAGGGUCUGCUAGACCCGGCUUGGGAGAAACAACAGAAAAAGACCUUCACAGCAUGGUGCAACAGCCACCUUAGGAAGGCCGGUACCGGUAUUGAGAACAUCGAGGAAGAUUUCCGCAAUGGACUGAAGCUCAUGUUACUGCUGGAGGUCAUCUCCGGCGAGACCCUGCCCAAGCCUGACCGCGGCAAAAUGCGUUUCCACAAGAUCGCCAACGUCAACAAGGCUUUGGACUUCAUUGCCUCUAAAGGCGUGAAACUGGUGUCAAUUGGUGCCGAAGAAAUCGUCGAUGGCAACCUUAAGAUGACCCUAGGUAUGAUCUGGACCAUUAUCUUGCGAUUCGCCAUCCAAGACAUCUCCGUUGAAGAAAUGACCGCCAAGGAAGGUCUGCUGCUCUGGUGCCAACGCAAGACAGCCCCAUACAAGAAUGUCAACGUCCAGAACUUCCACUUAUCUUUCAAGGACGGUUUGGCCUUCUGUGCCCUGAUCCACAGGCACAGGCCCGACCUCAUCGACUACAGCAAGUUGUCCAAGGACAAUCCUCUAGAGAACUUAAACACGGCUUUCGAUGUAGCCGAGAAGUAUCUCGACAUCCCCCGCAUGUUGGACCCCGACGACUUAAUAAACACACCAAAGCCGGACGAGCGCGCCAUUAUGACCUAUGUGUCGUGUUACUACCACGCCUUCCAAGGCGCGCAACAGGCUGAGACGGCCGCGAACCGCAUUUGCAAAGUUCUCAAAGUCAACCAGGAGAACGAACGCCUCAUGGAAGAGUAUGAGCGUCUUGCCAGUGAUCUGCUGGACUGGAUUCGGCGCACCAUGCCGUGGCUGAACAGCCGCCAAGCCGACAACUCUCUUGCCGGUUGCCAGAAAAAACUGGAAGACUACCGUACUUACAGGCGUAAGCACAAGCCACCACGUGUAGAACAGAAGGCCAAGCUGGAGACGAACUUUAACACCCUGCAGACCAAGCUCCGUCUGAGCAACCGCCCCGCGUACAUGCCCACCGAAGGCAAGAUGGUCUCUGACAUCGCCGGAGCUUGGAAGGGCCUGGAGAUCGCCGAGAAGGCGUUCGAAGAAUGGCUGUUGAGUGAAAUGAUGCGCCUUGAGCGUCUUGACUACCUGGCCCAGAAGUUCAAGCACAAAGCCGACAUCCACGAGGACUGGACCAGAGGCAAGGAGGAGAUGCUCCAGUCUCAGGACUUCCGUCAGUGCAAGCUGAACGACAUCAAGGCUCUGAAGAAGAAGCACGAGGCUUUCGAGUCAGACCUCGCUGCCCACCAAGACCGCGUCGAGCAGAUCGCUGCUAUUGCCCAGGAACUCAAUACCCUGGAGUACCACGACGUGGCGAGUGUGAACGCUCGCUGCCAGCGCAUCUGCUCGCAGUGGGACCGCCUGGGCGCGCUCACACAGCGCCGCCGCCACGCGCUGGACGACGCCGAGCGCGUGCUGGAGCAGAUCGACCUGCUGCACCUCGAGUUCGCCAAGCGCGCCGCGCCCUUCAACAACUGGUUGGACGGCACCCGGGAGGACCUUGUCGACAUGUUCAUCGUGCACACCAUCGAAGAGAUCUCCGGUCUCAUGGACGCGCAUGCUCGUUUCAAGGCCACCCUUGGAGAAGCUGACAAGGAAUACCAGGCGAUAGUCAACCUGGUACACCAGGUUGAGUCCAUCGUGAAACAGCACCAGAUCCCCGGAGGUUUGGAGAACCCCUACACCACUCUUACUGCUCACGAGCUGAACCGCAAGUGGUCCGACGUAAGGCAGCUGGUACCCCAGCGCGAUGGUACGCUGGCCGCCGAGCUGCGCAAGCAACAGAACAACGAGACCCUCAGGCGCCAGUUCGCCGAGAAGGCCAACGCUGUUGGACCCUGGAUCGAAAGGCAAAUGGAUGCCGUUACCGCUAUCGGAAUGGGUCUGCAGGGCUCUCUGGAAGACCAACUGCGUCGUCUCAAGGAGUACGAGGCAGGCGUAUACGCUUACAAACCACAUAUCGAGGAAUUGGAGCGCAUCCACCAGGCCGUACAGGAGGGCAUGAUCUUCGAGAACAGGUAUUCGCAAUAUACAAUGGAAACUCUGCGCGUAGGCUGGGAACAACUUCUGACUUCCAUCAACCGCACUAUCAACGAAGUCGAGAACCAGAUCCUCACCCGCGACUCAAAGGGUAUCACUCAGGAACAACUCACCGAAUUCCGUGCUUCCUUCAACCACUUCGACAAAAACCGCACCGGCCGCCUAGCGCCCGAAGAAUACAAAUCAUGCUUGGUGUCUCUCGGAUACAGCAUUGGCAAGGACAGGCAAGGAGAACUCGACUUCCAGCGCAUUCUCGCUGUUGUCGACCCCAACAACACAGGCUACGUGUCGUUCGAUGCGUUCUUGGACUUCAUGACCCGGGAAUCCACAGACACAGACACCGCUGAACAAGUCAUUGACAGCUUUAGGAUCUUAGCUGGCGAUAAGCCCUACAUCACGGCGGACGAGCUCAGGCGUGAGUUGCCGCCCGACCAGGCAGAAUACUGCGUAGCGCGCAUGCCUCCAUACCGCGGCCCCGGAGCCCCCGCAGGCGCUCUCGACUACAUGGCAUUCUCCACCGCAUUAUACGGCGAGACCGACCUUUAA